GCGUGUGCAAGUCUUUGUUGAGGGGCUGGUUGAAGGGGUCUGCUUCAUUGAACAAAGGGCCACAUGAGGGGGUUCGUUGUGGCUGUGGCUGGCUGGUUGGCUCCUAUUGGUGGUAAACGGGGGCUGAGUCAAUAAAGCAGUUGUAGUGUAUACCAACGAUCAAUAUUAGAGAAGUGCUGAGCGGUGUGGUUGUGUUAGUUGUUGUUUGGGGUUCCACGGGGGCGGAGUGCAUUGCAUAGGUCCAGCUUUGCACCCAUGCUGAAGCAUUACUAGUUACAGGAUCAUUUCAAGCACUGAUCAGCCACUGCAGCGAGUUUUGGGGGUUAUCUGUCUGCACAGGUUAAAGAGAAAAGUACAGAUCAGCCCUAAACCAACCUAGCCAGGAUGGCAACAUCUGUGUGGGCUGGUACUGCUGUCUGUUUAUUUCUAUUGAUGGUGAUUGUGGGCCAUCUGAAGAAUGUGACUGCAUGUUCCUGUCUGCCACAGCAUACCCAACACCAUUUCUGCAACUCGCAUUUUGUGAUCAAAGCCCGAAUCAAAUCUGAGAAGAUGCUCGUCAAGAAAGGCUACGAUGCGCACAACCUCCAGAAGCUCCCCCUGCCCGUCCUGACAAGUGCUCAAAGAUCUUUCAGGCUCUGGGUGAGAGAGGUUUACAAAGGCCACCAGUUUAUCGCCGUUGGAAGUCAUCCGGAGAUUGUCACGUCUUACUACGAAUCCAUGUGUGGGGUAACUGACCUCGAAGUUGGAAAGACUUAUGUGAUAAUGGGUCUUCUUACAGAUAGUAAACUGAAGUUUACCAAUUGCAAUUGGAGGGAACCUUGGACACAAAUAUCCAAGCAUCAGAGGCGUGGUUUGCGGUACUGGUAUGAGAAGAACUGCGACUCUUGUAAGAUCGACACCUGCGGGAAGUUCUCACCAUGCGGCCAACAAGAGAUGGAACGAGUUAAGCAAGGUGAUAGCUGUUUCUGGGAUCCAAUGAAUGAUCAGUGCCACAACCUACAUUCCUCGUGUGGCAGACAUGACGGAGGAUCCUGCAAAUGGUUUCAAACUCAUGAGCUGAUGACAAGACAGAACUGUACACGACAGGAUCGCAAGAUGCCCAGACUCAAUCAUAGCCUCAUCCCCUGAGAAAUACUGGCUUGCCACAAGGGUCCUCCUCAAACUACUAAAUAUUUGACACACUGCCAUAACUUUGCAAGAUUUUGCUAUUAAAUUCUUAAGAUCCACUGAAAACUUUGUGACCACACCUAUUCUGCCCUACUACAACGUUCCGAAGAAACAAGAUGAAGACAUGCCUUACACCAAACUUCAAAAUUUCAAAUCAAUUUAAAAGUACUUCCCUAAGUUCACUUUAAUAUUCAGAUGACCAAAGAUGCAUUUUGUACCAUUUUUACACUUUUUAAAAAUGAUUAAAAUUUUGUACUUUUUGAACAGUGUUUUUCUAAUACUUGGUGCCUUGAAAAAUUUUUAUAUAAAGCCUAGAUAAAACUGCUUAAUAAUACUUUUCCAAUAAUAAAAAACAUGUUCCGCAUAUGCCUAUAACUUAAGCUGUGUUUGUUUCACACGGAUCUGGAUAAUGAUCAGUGAUUUGUCGUUGGUAUACAGACACCAAAACUCGCCUAAUGGAUGGUGCGGACCAUCGUUAGGAUCACUGAUCUAGAUCUAGCUCCGUGUGAAACAAACAUGGCCUUAGGGUUGGUCUUGGCUAAUUUCCUUAGAGGCAUUUGCAACAAAAUAGCUCUGAAAAUGUGGGCUUGUGGCAUUUUCAGUAUUAGUUCAAGAAGUAAUGAUGACAUGAUAGAACACUUUACAUAGCGAUCCAAGGAUAGCAGUCUAAUCAGAUAAGUUCAGUUACUAGGACUGGGAUUGGAGGUCAAGUCACACAGUCAAAAUGUCACAUCAUGCUAAACAUGUAGACAUGACGCAUCCACAUUUGGUACUAGGAAUCAAACAAACAUGUUCGGCAAAACCACAAAUUCAACUUUUCAGUAAAACUGUAUGUGUCCAGUAUCUCACACUGAUAAGCCUCAGUCACAACCUGCAAUUGUUAAGGAGAAGUAGCUCUUGUAGGUGCUUAUAAAAAUAAAAUAUUAAAACUAUAACACUGCCCAAACAUUCAACAGACUAUGAAAUACACCGGUACCCUGUUGUCACAUACGCUAAGAAAGAAUAAUACAGGCAGAACUAACUCUAGUAGGCUUCAGGAGAAAAAAUCUCGUCUCUAAAACUGUUGGUUUCACUGGUUGAAGUUCAACUGACUCAUCUUUUUAAAGCAUACAUGUAUUUUCUGUGAAACAUUGAAAAGGUGUUCAAUGUUAUACCUUGAUAAUGAAUGUAUUAAUGGCAUUGAUUAAUUUGCUGUUUUUAUGGUUGUGUGCAAGUUUUACAGUAUUUUAUAUUUUUCAACUUAAGGUUUCUUUUUUCAUGUUUAAUGUAAUUUAUGUGCACAAAAAAAAGAAAACUAUGAGUCUCCAACUCAUGCAUUUUUGAGAGACACAGCUUGUUGGCAAAGCAAGGAAUCUUGGUUGCAGAUUGUCUUACACAAAAUAACAUUUUUUUUCCCACUGUUUGUCCUUUUUACAUUCCUUUUGUUCUAUUUUGUUGUGCAUCUUACUUGCUCUUUGUCUUGGGAGGCGACAAGCUACAAGUUCACUUCUAUUCCCUAUUUAUAAUUUAUGUAAAUACAACUGUAUAAAAAAGCUAAAACUGUGCUUCGCUGUGUUAUAGUUAAGGCCUGCCCUGAAUUAAUUUAUUGUUUUAAUUUGUCCCAUUUCACAGCUAGCUGAUGUUGAAAUUUCAUCCUCUUCUUUUAUUUAAUUUAAUGUAAAUCAUCUUGUUCUGAACUAUUUGUCUGGUUCUUCAUUUGCAAUAUUUGAGUGUAUUAAAAAAGUUUAUAAACUGUUACAAAUCACACCA